UAUGACUGCCAUCGGAUUUACGUUUAUGGUAUUAUUGGUAUCAUGCCACUGCCAGGUGAUAAUUCCGUUCGGGAGUGCUGUAAGUACGCUAAUGAACAACCGUAUAGUUCAAUUCGCUUCGCAAAUUUCUGCGGACGUUGUGACAAACACCGUCGGUGCCUUCACCAAAGUUCCCGAUGCAAUCUCCAAGAUUGUCAGCUCGUUCAACACGUUCCCAUUGCUUAAAAACAAGAAUUUGCUAAAUUACGCGGAUUUAUUGGUAUCAGAAUAUAAUGCUAACGUAAACAAUGAAGAUGUCAUGUUAAGCAUCGGUGAUCUUAUAACGAAAUAUGGCUAUCCAGUGGAAAGACACAUUGUGCGUUCAGAAGACGGUUACAAUCUUCAGAUGUUCAGGAUACCGAGCAACGGUUCAGUGGUAUUUCUCAUGCACGGCUUGGAAGGAAGUGCCGACGACUUUGUUUUAGCCGGUCCAGAAAGCGGACUCGCCUACCUCUUAGCAAAUGAAGGGUAUGACGUCUGGAUGGGAAACGCGCGCGGGAACAAACAUUCUCGGAAUCACGAAUUUCUUUCUACAUCUGAGGCGGAAUUCUGGAACUUCUCCUGGCACGAAAUCGGAUACUACGAUCUGCCGGCUAUGAUUGACUAUGUACUGGGAAUUAGUAAGUCUGCAACGCUAAAAUAUAUCGGACAUUCCCAAGGGACUACGACCUUCUUCGUGAUGGCAGCAGAGAGAGAGGAGUACAACGACAAAGUGUCCUUGAUGGUAGCGCUGUCUCCGGUAGCGUAUAUGACGCACGUAAAGUCACCAAUAGUAAGGCUGCUGUCACCGGGCACGCCUAUAAUUUACGAUGUGAUGAAGCAUCUGGGUGUUUACGAGUUUCUACCAGAUAAUUCUUUGACGAAAGCAUUGAGACUUUUGAUAUGCGGUGUCGGGCCUUUUGCCGACAUUCUGUGCAGCAAUUUUUUGUUCUUAAUCUUCGGGUUUGAUUUGGAACAACUCAACGUGACUAAUUUGCCCGUAGUCAUGGGUCACAUGCCGGCUGGUGCGUCAGUAAAACAGUUCGCUCAUUAUGGCCAAGGUGUCCUUUCGGGGGAAUUCAGAAAGUUUGACUUGGGCGCGGAAGGGAAUAGGAUAAAAUAUGGAUCGCAGACUCCGCCACGAUACGCUCUGAAUCGUAUCCGAGUACCGGUGUCUUUAUUCUACAGCGAAGAGGACUGGCUGGCUCACCCCAUAGACGUGGACAGGUUAUACAACGAACUACCAAACGCUGUGGACAUUCAUAAGGUCCCAUAUGAAAAUUUUAACCAUUUAGAUUUCAUUUUAGCAAAAGAUUUCAAAAAGUUAAUUUACAAGAGACUACGGAAAUUGCUGUCAUUAUUUUAACGGCUAUUUUAACGACGAAAUCUGUACACAAAGCUACUUUUGUGAUUACCUAACUAAUAUUAUAAGAAUAAAUACAAUAUAUAUAAUAUAUACAAUAGCGGUAAACAGUCUAGGCUACUAAAAUUAUGCUGUUAUUUUUAUUUCCGCACUAGCGACUUUGCAAGAAAAUAAAUGUUAACUAAAAACUUACAUUCUCUUAAGCUACGUUCAAACUGCAAUAUUCUGCAUAGCUUUUUUAACGUAUAAGAAGAAGAAGAAGAAGAAGAAAUACUUUAUUGCACACAAAAAUACAAUUAUAAAUUAAACUUCCAAACAUAUAUUUUGA